AAGGGUUAUUUUCCAUUCGUGCCAUCUUACGAGUCUGUGUUGUCUCUGUCUUCAGUGAGGAACGUGGGUCGUCCCUAACCUCAAACGAUCAGCUUUUGACGCGUCGUAGUCACAGCAUAUGUUACAGCCGGAAUGGUUUUACUCGAGAAUGAUUUGUUUUUAGUAGAGCUGACGCGACUCUUUGACAAGUCACGAUUGUCCGGAUCCGUCGCCUUGACGAUAAAACGAUUUGACGGGCAUGAAAAACCCGUGCCCAGAGAAGGCAGAGCCGCCUUACCCGCACCGACGGAGUAUUUGUGUUUAGUGCGAGCCUCCCUUCGAUCGAAAAAGAUCGCCACCGUCAUUCAUUCCAAGGAUGUAAACAAAUUUCAACAAGCCUACUGGGGUCUUUUAAAAGCCAAUAUAAACGGUCUUAAGAAAUUAAAGAAAACCAAGUCAGUCAAACCUAAGGCCCAUUGACACGCUAGUUGGUGUCUCUGUAUCUUAUAUUACAAAUAUUACUCAUCUGACUUGGCCGCCUCCGACAUCCGACCGACUUUUGUACCAUAUAUAAUUUGCGUAAGAAACGUAUAGGCAAUAAACAUUAUGUCUUAAGCAA